AUGGCCGCGCCUGCGAACAAGACUAUCCAAGACCUUGAGGGCAAGUGGGUUUGGAACCGCCAGCUGUCAGACCCCUUUGGUGGCAUCCUGGAGAUCCAGGGCGUCAACGCAAUGGUCCGCAAGGCUAUGAACCUCGCAUCUCUCACGAUCCACAAGCACGAGUACCGCGGCCCACCUACGCCGGGCGGCAAGAAGAGCGAGGACCCACCUUUUGCACACCUUACCGCGGGUGAUGUUCUUCACAUUGACUGCAAGCAUGUCAUGACUGGUGGUCUCAAGGCGACGACCGAGGUACGGUGCUUUGACGGGCAGGUACGCGAGAUCAGCGACUGGAUCUUUGGCACGAUGCACACCAAGAACCUCGUGCUCGAGUUUGCUGAUGUGCUGGCCCUCGAUGCGUUCCUCACCGGCACUGAGGCGCGUGGGCCGUGGCUCGACGAGGGUGAGCUCAUCUUUACCCAGGCCAGUAGCCCGAACGGCUGGGUCGUAACUCAAAUCUGGGGCUUCCAGAUGAUCGAGGUGAACGGCAAGCUUGAGCGGCGGCUGGCGCGUAACAUUGUCGCCAAGCGGAGCAAGGACGGCAAGCGGGCAGAUGUGCGGCUCGUGUAUGACUGGGGAGGUUAA